UCUUUUUUUUUUUAAGAUGGAUCUUUGCUCUGUCGCAAAGGCUAGAGUACAGUGGCACCAUCUCAGCUCACUGCAACCUCUGCCUCCUGGGUUCAAGUGAUUCUCCUGCCUCAGCCUCCCAAAUAGCUGGAAUUACAGGCACCUGCCACUCUGCCCAGCUAAUUUUUGUGUUUUUAGUAAAGAUGGGGUUUCACCAUGUUGGCCAGGCUGGUCUGGAACUCCUGACCACACGUGAUCUGACCACCUCGGCCUCCCAAAGUGCUGGGAUUACAGGCGUGAACCAUCGCGCCUGGCCUUAUUUUCUUACGCUAAAUCAGCCCUCUCAGCUCCUUUUCUUUAUGACUGACACUUUUGAAAAGACCAGCCAGGUUGUCUUACAAAUUGUUCCAUGUUGUAGAUUUUCCUAAUUAUUCCCUCAUGAUUAGAGCCAUAUCAAACUUUGGCCAGAAUACCACAAAGGUGAUGCUGUCUUACUGCAUCUCACCAAGAAACACCUAAUGUUGGCACCCACGUUUGUGAUGCUAGGUUUUAUGACUUAGCUUUUACGUUUUUUCUUUGAGACAGGAUCUCUUUCUGUCACCCAGGCAAGAGAGCAGUGGCGUGAUCAUGGCUCAUUGCAGCCUCAAGCUCCUGGGCUCAAGUGAUCCUCCUGCCUCAGCCUCCUGAGUAGCUGGGACUACAGGCACACAUCACCAUGCCGGCUCAUUUUUGUAUUUUUUGUAGAGAUGGAGUUUUGCCAUGUUGCCCAGGCUGCUGUAGAACUUUUGGGCUCAAGCUAUCCACCCACCUCAGCCUCCCAAAAUGCUGGGAUUGAGCCACUGCACCUGGUAAGAAUCAGGCCUUACUGGAGACAUUCAAGCAAAGGUUGGACAACUACUUUUCCAGAACAGAAAGGAAACUCAUGCAUCAGAAAAGGUGACUAAUAAAGGCACCAGAAGAAUAUGGCUGCACAAAUACCAGAAUCUGAUCAGAUAAAACAGUUUAAGGAAUUUCUGGGGACCUACAAUAAACUUACAGAGACCUGCUUUUUGGACUGUGUUAAAGACUUCACAACAAGAGAAGUAAAACCUGAAGAGACCACCUGUUCAGAACAUUGCUUACAGAAAUAUUUAAAAAUGACACAAAGAAUAUCCAUGAGAUUUCAGGAAUAUCACAUUCAGCAGAAUGAAGCCCUGGCAGCCAAAGCAGGACUCCUUGGCCAACCACGAUAGAGAAGUCCUGAUGGAUGAACUUUUGAUGAAAGAUUGCCAACAGCUGCUUUAUUGGAAAUGAGGACUCAUCUGAUAGAAUCCCCUGAAAGCAGUAACCACCAUGUUAAACCAUCUGUCAUGACUGUUUGGCAAAUGGAAACCACUGGAGAAACAAAAUUGCUAUUUACCAGGAAUAAUCACAAUAGAAGGUCUUAUUGUUCAAUGAAAUAAUAAGAUGCAACAUUUGUUGAGGCCUUAUGAUUCAGCAGCUUGGUCACUUGAUUAGAAAAAUAAACCAUUGUUUCUUCAAUUGUGACUGUUAAUUUUAAAGCAACUUAUGUGUUCAAUCAUGUAUGAGAUAGAAAAAUUUUUAUUACUAAAAGUAAAAUAAAUGGAAAUAUCACUGAGCAGUUGUUUAUACUGUAUGGUACCAUAGUAUUCUCACUGGACUGUGGAUACGUUGAAAUGUUUUUCAAUCAGGAUCAUCCUCCAAGCAUUCCUGUUCAUUCAUGUCUGCCUCAAAUUGCUGGUGAAUACAUAAAAUAGUUACUUGCUAAUCAUUUCAA